GCUGCUGCUGCGCACCUGUCCCUCUGUCGGUUUUGUCAUCCAGCGGCAGCAGCUCUUUUGUAGCUUAAUAGGCAGUUAGUUCGGCUAGUUUAGCUUAGCUGAUCACACGAGCCCCAAUUAGGAAAACCGAUCGACCGGAAAAGUCACCGGAGAACUCGAAUCGUCGCACGUACAAAGAGAAGAGAGGAAAAGAAUUCGCACGGCUUUGCUCCGAGUCCAAAAGAAAUGAAUUGAAAAGUGCAGCGAACGAACGGGACGGCCAAGGUGAACCAGAAAAAAUAACACAGCCUCUUCUGACGGCGGAGCAGCUGCUGCUAUAAUUCGAUCCCUCAUGCACGACUCAUCCUCUUAUGACAACGGCCAAUUGUAGAGCGGCAGCAGCAUGGAAGAUGACGUCCUGCCGCCGGAGGACCUGUGGCUGUUGCUGCCCGACCAGGUGCUCCUGCACAUCUACCAGUUCCUCACUGGACCCGAGCUGCUGAGGGUCCGACAGGUGUGUCAACGAUGGCAUCGUGUCGGCUGCGACGAGUUCCUCUGGAGGGAUCUCCUGCACACUGAUUACAAGGUGGACAAGUCCAUCGGACUCCCGCCUGGGCGCACAUCGUGGAUGGAGGAGUAUUACCGGCUGACGGCCUGCGUGCCCAUGCUGGAGACGGAGGUCUUGCGCGAACACGCUCACCAAGUGCUGCAUGUCAGUUUUUCACACAAUGGCAAAAUGUUUGUCACCUGCUCCAAGGAUGGCUGGAUCUUGCUUUGGGACUCUGGCUAUCCGGCUAAAGUAAAGCACCAACACGACAUGAAGCAAUUCUCCUGGAAAUAUACUCAGUACUCGCAGUUCAACAGCACCGACACGCUGCUUCUCGUCUCCGGCGUCCACUUUGGCACUCCGCACAGCACCUCUGGCGAAAUCGCCGUUUUCAGCCUUCAAGGCAAAUUUGAGCUUCAGUGCCGAAUGGCCAACAAGCCGUACGACAUUUUUGGCACGUGGUACAACGACCGGUAUCUGCUGUCCGGCGACCUUUACUGGCUGGCGCACCUUGUGAGCACGUCCAUCCUGUGGCUCAACAAAGCGUCGCAGGAGUCGCGUUCCGAGCAUGUGGCCAUCAUGGAGCAACUCUUUCGCUUCUACAACCGCAACGCCAGCUCCGUCCGGGCCAUCAUGGUGGCCGACUGCCUCGCGCCCGAGACGGUUGAGAAGCAAAAAGAAUCAAAGCAGCCGACCAAACACGAAGAGGAGCGCAGCGGCAACCCACCCUCACACCACGCACAAACUUCUCCCAUGACCAACAUGCCUUCUGCGGAACCGGGAACGUCGAAAGAGAAUAUGGAUAGUAGCAAAGUUCGUUGUGAUAGCACCUGUGAUUUUCCAAGUCCCAUCCAGUACAAAAAAGAGUAUCGUUUGGCGGAGGCCGAAAAUUGUCAAGACGAUGCUAAAUCGGAAGAGGCCUUAAGUGAAAGCGGCGAAGUUAGUGUAGAAGAAGGAGGCAGCAUUUUGGAAGACUCGUCUGAGGACGAAGAUGAAGAUUUCCAAGAGGAAAGCCUCCUCGAAAGCAGAGACAAGUUCCUUAUAUUUACCACUGGAUCCAAGACAUUUACCCCCCACCAGAUUGGUUUUAAGCGCAUAAAGCCUGUCCAGUUCCGUCACAGACUAGACCCUGGGCCGAGCCUGCAGGAGCGGCUUGCAGAGCAACGAAGACGAGCUGAAAUUGAGAGGCAGCAACUGGAGCCAGGUGCACCUCCGAGGCCACCAGAGCCCAACUGGCUGGAUUAUGAUUCUGUUGCAGAGCGUUUUGACAGAAUUGAUCACUUGAUAGAUUUGCACGGACACAUCAUUGGCAUGGGGCUUUCACCUGAUCAUAGAUUCUUGUACGUUAAUAGUCGGCCUUGGCCUCAAGACUACGACAUCACAAAUCCUCUGGAGCCACCACAUAUAGCACAAGAAAUAGACAUUCACGUCAUCGACUUAGUCACCCUGAAAGAAGUCGGGACAAUGCUGAGGGCGCACAAGGCCUACACACCCAAUAACGAGUGCUUUUUUAUUUUCCUAGAUGUCUGCUACGAGUAUGUGGCAAGUGGAGCUGAAGACAAAUUUGGCCACUUGUGGGACAGACACUAUGGAACUUGUCUGGUCAAGUACCCUCAUGAUGAUGUCGUCAACUCUGUAGCUUUCAACCCAAAAGACCCCGAAAUGCUGGUCACAGUGUCAGACGACUACUCCAUCAAAGUUUGGAGGUCACGGAGGCGAGUCAUGGAAUUUAAGGAGCGCGAUGGUCUCACAGGGGAUGAAAAUCUGCAUGGUGAUAUUCCACAGGCUGUUGAGUUGCGCAAGGGUGCCAAGCAUUACCAAAGAAAGCGAACCACCUCGCGAAAUUUGAAUCUGUUCAGCAGCCUCAUGUGAUAGUCUUGAACUUUUUGUACUUUGGUUUAUCUUUGUAUUCUUGUCAAUUUUUUUACCAUGUCAUCAAGCACAAAUUUCAAAUCUUUGUUAUACAUAAUCUUCUAUUGAACAAAAGGCACUGAUUGUUGAAUAGCUCUGCACUUGCAAGAGAUUUAAUUGUGGUUGAUAGAAAUGAUGAAAAUAAAUAUACAAUAUAUGUAUUGCUGUUCA